UGCCUGUAUUUUGUGAAUUUCUUUUGUUUCUUGUUUAACUAUACAACAGGACAAGCUAUUGGAUAUGCUUCAUUUAUUAGAUAAUGCUCUAUUAACUGUGUGUGUCCUAAUUAACUGAAAGGCAAAUUAUUCAUAUUUAGUGUUGUAUAGAAAGCAAGAGAGCUGGAAGAAUGACGCUAGAUCUGCAUACUGUGAAAGAAGACUUUGCUGUUAUGGUCCAGAAGGUGCAACCAUGGACAUUAUCACAGUUUGUAAUGUGGUUAGAUUUGAAAGUUGCUGAAUAUAAAGUCCAUGGCUACAUGAUUUUGGAUUAUGAGGACCGGUUAAACAAGCUUUUUCCUGCUGAACUAAAGAAACACCCUUGCAGAAAUGCUUCAACAUCUAAGCAAUCGGAUAUAAAUACAGCAAAAACACAUUUAAGAACUGCUCCAUCAAUGAUUUCUCCUCCGAGUUCUGUCAUCACUUUAGACAGUGACAGUCCUCCAACUACCGUUUCUUCACAAAGUGGAUUUUCUCGAACAUGUAACACAAACUGUGAAUUAGAUUCAGAAGUAACGCAUGUUCAGUUACCCAACCAACAAACCAAUCAUAUUUUUACCCGAAAUUCUCAAAUUAUUGAUCUGGAAAGUCCUGCUAGUCCUCCUAGCAGCUAUAAUUAUUCUAGAAAUGUAUCAAAGCCAUCUCAGUAUUUAGAUCAUGAAAGUCAACCUAAACUAGUUAACAACAAUCAGAAAAUUGGUUUGGUACAUUCACGUAACAUCACAUCAAAUCAAUCCCAAACAAACAAUAAUGAAAAUAAUUUUUCAGCGAGUGAUCAUCAUCAUCAUCAUCAUCAUCAAAAAACACUAUUACAAGGAUGUGUUGGCAGUGAAGCUGGCGGGCGAGGUAUCAUAAAUAUAUCUUCACCGAACGUUGAUGGUCGACAUGAAAACCAAGCUAACACCAAUACUUGUCUCACGAGGGAUGAAUCACAAAUGGAAUUAUUAAUGGAUGUUGUCAUUGAUGAAGACUAUUCCACUGACAACUGGAACAGCAAUUCUUCCGCUACGGUUCAGGAUAACACUUCACAUAACUUUCAAAGCAAUAAAGAUAAACAUUUACCUCUUUUGUCAGUACCUGCUAAAAGAGGUAACUUUUCAAAUUCUAACCAGGUUAAUAAUAUUAGUAAUAAUAAUAAUAAUAAUAAUAACAAUAACAACAAUAACAAUAAUAAUAAUAGUAAUAACAGUGAUAUAAUUAAAUUGGAUUUGGAAAAUAUAGAAUCUGCUAAUAAUGUGCCUGUUACGGAUAUUAAAAUUGAAGAUGUGAAGCAUUGUCUUGAUGAAGAAAAGUUCUCCCUAUUAACUGACAGUGUCAACAACCCUAACGAUGUGAUACACGCAACCGAAUAUUCUGAUUCUGACAUGGAAGGUGAAAACAGCCAUAGUUCACAACACGACACUGUAAAUGCUGAACGUCUAUGGAGUGCUGAAGAAUUGAAAGAAUUUUCAAAUGCUGUAAUAUCUCGGCGCAGAUAUAUUGGUAACCGCUUCAAACCAAACAUUUCCUUACCUGUAUUCAGUGGCUAUUUACAGAACAUGCUAGAAACUGGAAAAGCUCAGUUUGUGUGGUCAAAGUUAGUAGAACAAUGUGCAUAUCAUAUUUUAGCGCAAAAAGACAUUCGUGAAAAACACGACUAUCGGGAAUUUUGCCAUGCUUUAUAUCAACAAUAUCCCAGUAUUGGAUUAGAAGGUCCCCAACCAUGGUCUCAUUUCUCCAAAACAUUAUCUCAGAAAAUUCGACACAUUCGAUGGCAGUUGAAAAAACGUUCAACAUUAGGAGAUGUACAGAAAAUCACAGUUUCUGGGAUGAAUGACCCUGUGCGGUCAUCAAGUCCCACAAUUCCUGGAUUAAAUAUUCCAACAAACACAUUGAUUGGAACCAACAACACAGUAGUCAACACAGCCACUACGUUAGCUGAGAGUUCUGACAUUCCGGUAUCAUCUCUGCAAGUGGUGGACUAAUUGGAUUUUUUCAUCAGAUUGCAAUCACCUGAACUGAAAAAGUAAGAUGGAUCUUUUGUCUGGUUAAAUUAACCUUUUAAACGAUUCAAAAUAUUUAAGCAUUCCUUCAUGACUACAAGCCAGGGACAGGAAAUUUUUUUUAUUAUUUUUGUUCUUUUUUUUUGUUUUUACAAUUUAAUAAUUUAAAUUGUUGAAACAAAUAUUUUAAAAACAGAAAUAUAAUAAAAAUAAAACACAAAAAUACAAAACAAAACAAACUGAAAUUGAAAUUUUGAAUUUGGAAAAAAGAAACAAUCAAAUUAAAAUUUGAAUCAGAAUCAAUAAAAGUAAGCUUUUAUCGGAUUUUAAUUUUAAGUUCAAAUUUCAGUUUCAUAUGUUUGUCGUUUCAAUUUUGAUUUAUAAAAACUUCUGUUUUUAUAGAAUUAAAAUUCCAAACACAGAUGUUUAAGAACACUGAAAACAAAAAGUUGAAUUUCAAUCUGUAUUUCUGCAGUGUAUUAAAGAUUGAUUACCUGUAAAAGAUUUUUAAUUAUACUGAAAAAUGUUACAAAGACAAUGUCACUUUUUUUUUUUUUUUUUACAAUGGAAAUAGCCAAAUCAGAUUUAAUAUAUUUUAAUAUUUUGGCAAACAUCCUUUCCAGUGCAGUUAGAUAAUUAAAGAUAAUCUUUGACUUGAAAUUAACUGCAAUAGAAUUUUCUUAAGCAAAAAAAUAAAAAUAAAAAAAAAAUUAUAAAAUGCCAUGAAGCAAAAAAUGGACAUUCAACCAAUAAUGUUGAUCUGACGCUUUUGAAACAAUUUUUUUGUAUUAUAAACGAAACAAAUAUUCCAGAUAAAGUAAAUUAUACUUCACUUAAAUUGA